AUGAGAACUUGUGUGUCUUCUACUAAGAUUUCUGUCUUGGUCAAUGGGUCUCCAACAUCUAAAUUUAGUCCCCAGAGGGGUCUGAGGCAAGGUGACCCAUUGUCACCAUUUCUUUUCAACAUUGUAACAGAGGGGCUAAAUAUCUUGUUGUGUAGAGCCAAGGAGUUGGGAUUCAUAAAAGGGGCUGAAGUAGGCCGUAAUGGUGUGAUAGUUUCCCAUUUACAAUUUGCAGAUGACACUAUUUUGUUUUGUGAAGCUAACUGGGUGGAAGUGGUGAACCUUAAACGAAUUCUGAGAUGCUUUGAGGUUUUAUCAGGCUUGAAAAUAAACUACCACAAGAGUGUCAUUUGUGGGGUGGGCAUGGAUGAUAGGCUGAUGCAAGCUUUUGCCACUAGUUUUAAUUGUCUGCAACAGAAGCUACCUAUGAAAUAUUUAGGGAUGCCUUUAGGGGCCAACCCAGGGGUGGCUAAAGAGAUUGAAAAAAUCCAAUCGGUCUUCCUUUGGGGUGGAUCUGAUCUUCGAAGGAAUGUGCAUAUGAGGUUUGGGUCUGAGCAUCAAUCUUUGUGGAAAGUAGUGAUUUGUAGGAAAUAUAAUAUAGAGGGUGGUAGAUGGUUACCAAGCUUGGUUGGAAGAGGAUCUCAGCUGUGGUCUGAUUUAAUGCAUAAUGUCUUGUGUAAUUCAAAUCUACAUAAUUACUACCUUAAUAAUGCCAAGAUUGUGUUGGGGGAUAGAAGGAGAUCACAUUUUUGGUUAGAUAAGUGGGCAGGGAACGGAGUGGUAAAGAGUUUCUUUCAGAGAAGGGGUGAAGCUGGCAGUUGGAAAGUGGGUUUCAGAAGGGCACUGCUGGCUUGGGAGGAGCAAGAGUGGUGGUCUGGGAGUAGAAUGAAAAAGAUGGAAAAGAAAAUUUGGGCAGUUAUUCCUUUAGCCAUCAUGUGGUCCAUUUGGAAGCACAGAAAUGAGUGCGUGUUUCAUGGCAUACAACCGAAUUGGGAUGAACUGUGUGAUAUAGUGAAGGUGAGAGUAGCAAUGUGGUUGAAGGCUUCUCCAAUGGAUGUGGUGUUUUCUGUUACUGAUAUGGUAUUUAAUUUGCAACAAGUGCAAUACUGCAUCAGAAAUGGUGGUUGA